AUUCUUGCCUGUUUCACAACGAUAUAUGUCGUCACCAAAACACUUCAAGUAAAGAGUGGAAACGGUGCAAAUAGUAACGAAAACCACUGACAGCAACAGCCUGUACACUUCAUUUUCUACCGAUAUUCCUGGGAACGUUACAGAUAUCAACACAACGUUUCGCCGAGGACUCUAGUCUUGUCUAUUGUAUAGAUUAGUGAAAACUUAAUCGUACUGCAACGUUGUUUCCCCCCCUGUUGGACUGUAGCUGCUAGCUAGCCUAGCUGGCUAAUUCCCUGUAUCCGUUCUGGUCGGGACUGCAUCGAAAUGUCCUGCUGCCUGUUCGAGUACUGUCGGGUCCAAGAACUCAAAGCAGUCCGGGAGUUCUUGUUCCAGAGCCAGCAAAACAACCAUUCGUCGGCGGACAAGAAAGGAGAGAAUGAGCUGGCCUGGGAUGACUCCAACUGGGGGUCAUGGGAUAACCCUGAGGCCAAAGAAGUUGGAAGUGGGGAAACCACGGGGGUGGAGGAGGACACUGCAGCAGUCAGCGCCCUCUGGCUGCAGGACUGUGUGGUGUCUCUGUCUCCCUGCUCAGACCUGAUGGUCGUCGCCAAAGGCAGCAAGGCUGUGUUUCUCUCAGCGAGGUGGCAAACAGAUGACGGAGGCAGAGAGGGGAUGACGCUGGCUGUGUCCUGGAGUGGAACUCUCAGCACCAACGAGGGGGAGAGUGUGAGCAACGUCAUCUGUAUACCUUUGGCCAGCCAGAAGAGGAGUUCCACGGGUCGACCAGACUGGACAUGUAUUGUCGUGGGCUUCUCAUCUGGCUAUGUACGCUUCUACACCGAGAGUGGGGUCCUACUCCUAGCCCAGCUGUUGAAUGAGGACCCUGUCCUGAGGCUCAAGUGUCGCACUUAUGAGAUCCCCCGCCACCCCGGUGUCACCGAGCAGCAUGAGGAGCUGAGUAUCCUUUACCCAGCAGCCCUGGUCACCAUCGACGGCUUCAGUCUCUUCCAGUCUCUACGGGCCUGCAGAAACCAGGUGGCUCGAGCGGCGGCAGCAGGCAGUGAGGUGGUCCAGCCUCCUCCUCUGGCCUAUAAAAAGUGGGGUCUACAGGACAUGGAUGCUAUCGUAGACCACAGCAGCGUGGGUAUAAUGACCCUGUGUGUGUUUGACCAGAUGAGGAAUGCGUCUAUCCUGGGGGGUUUCCAUGCCUCUGUGAAGGGAAGCCUCCCCGCCAUGAGUCAGUACAUAACUGUGGGGGGAGGACCCUACACAGGCUUUUACUAUGCCAUAGAGGGCAGCUCUCAGCCUCUCCUCUCCCACGUUGCUCUGGCUGUGGCCAGCAAACUCACAUCGGCCUUAUUCACCGCCGCCAGUGGGUGGCUCGGGUGGAAGAAACAGAAUGAGGAGGAGCCAACUCAGAAACAGAAGCCCAAGGUGGAACCGGCCACGCCCCUGGCAGUCAGGUUUGGUCUCCCAGACUCACGGCGUCAUGGGGAGUCCAUCUGUCUGUCCCCCUGUAACACUCUGGCUGGGGUCACGGACGACUUUGGCAGGGUCAUGCUGCUCGACGUGGGGAGAGGCAUCGCCAUCCGCAUGUGGAAGGGCUACCGGGACGCCCAGCUGGGUUGGGUACAGGUGUCUGAGGGGAGGGGCGAGUCCUCCCCGUCCGCGCCCCUCCCACGGCGCCAUGCUCAGUUUCUGGUCAUCUACGCCCCCAGGAGAGGCAUCCUGGAGGUGUGGGGCACACAGCAGGGCCCCCGAGUAGGAGCCUUCACUGUCGGGAAACACUGCAGGUUGCUGUAUGCAGGCUUCCGGCUGAUGGGGGUGAACAGUGUGACCAGUCAAGGCUGGCAGCUCCACACACAGCAGGUGUGUCUGUUCGACCCUGCUACUGGAGCACUACGCACUGUCACUGUCCCCUUCCAUCUGGCCCUCAGUGAUAAGAAGAGUGAGAGAGCAAAGGAUCUGCACCUGCUGAAGAGACUGACCACACUACUGAAGAGCAGAGAGUUGGAACCAGAUUACCUGGAGAGCGAGGCCCAGCGUGUACUGCUGGACAUCAAACACCCUGCCAUUAAGAAACAGGCCCUGGAGUGUCUGCUAGCCAAUAAAAAUGCUCCAGUCUCCUGUCUGACAAACAUCACCCGACUCUUACUGGCCAGUCUCAGGGGGAAAGACCCUGAGGCGGUAGAUGAAGCAUUGCUCCAGUUGUGUUCCUCCCAGCUGAAACUGCUCCAGCUCUACACUGACAUCCAACAGCUGCACUCUACUGUGGAGGCUAGCACAGAUGCACACACUAAACCUACGGAGGUUGCCGGUGUAGAGGAGGAGCUAGCCCGUGUCUCCCUCAUCCUGCAGCGCUACACCGAGCUCACCUCCGGCUCCCGCCCCUCCGUCUCAUUUGCCCAGGACUCCCCUGACGCAUCACUUCCUGUACGCGGCUUCCUGUCCCAGAUGGAGUGUGAAGGAGAGGAGAUCAGGGUGGUCCCAGGGCCUGACGCAGACUGGACACAACUGGGGAGCUUUCUGUUCUGGGGCUGUCUGAUAGGCGAGAGCCCUCUACAGAAAGUCUGUGACACACUACAGGAGACAGGCAUCAGCCCACAGCAUUUACUGUCUCUGCUGCUGAGUGUAUGGCUGCACAGAGAGAAGGAAGUAUUGAAGAAACCAAAGGCCGUCAGACACCUACACACACUCCUCACUGCCCUCAGCUCCAUGAAAGGUGCGGUGGAGUCGUCGUGGGACAUGCAGUGUGUCUCCCCCUGGUGGCAGCAGGUGCGGUCUGCGUGUGUCCAGUCACACAGUGCUGCUGCUGCCCUGCUGGCUGCAAUAGUGGCUCACCGCGCUGCCAAGGAUAACAUCACCAGCCUGGCCGAGACUAAGUUUCAGUCAGAGUGGGAGGCGGUGUCGUUGGAGCUGGAGCAGUGGGCGGUGUGUGUGAGACAGCUGGAGGACGUGCUGGCCCUGCAGACGCUGCUGUGUGUGGCGCCUCUUAAAGGAACACCAGGGGGCGCCACACCACACUGCUCAGUCAAAGCCCUGCUGGAGGGGGGCCGAGGUGGUAUAGCAGACAGUGUGGCUAAGUGGGUGUUCAGGCAGGACUUGGCCCCUGAGCAGCUGAAGGACAUGCUGCAGAGGAGGGGGGAGGCCCAGAGAACAGAACAGCCCUCCCAGCCAGUGCUGAGGGAGAAAAGCCAGGAGGAUGCAGACUUCAAUAGGGCAGCAGAGCUGCUGGUGUCUGUGUGUCAGCGUUUCCCAGACUCCCUCUCUCCUGACCUGCUCUUUGCCCACUGCUGCUGGGAGUACGUGGUGCAGUGGAACAAAUACCCAGAGGAGGGGCGGUAUCUGUGUUGUGCAGUGGAACACCUGAAGCUCGUCUCUAGUCCUCACAUCCAGCUGGGCAUCUCCUCAAUGAUGUGGAACACGUUCAUCAUUAAACGUUUCUCAGCUGCUGCUUUCCUUAUGGAGAAGGUGGGGAAGGCCCCUAAAGACCGCCUGUGUCGACGGGAUGUGGGAAUGGGAGACGGUGCCACGACAUCAUUCCUGGGCUCCUGUGUUGCGCUGCUACAGAUUCUGAUGGAGGCAGACUCUGGGAUAGAAGAGGUGACCCCUCCAGAGCUGUGUGUGGAGGAGGUGUGGGGGGGAGCGGAGGGUCCUGCCUCCAUAGUAGAGUUAGCCCUGGAGCAGAGGGGAAUCCACUACCCCCUUGUACAACACCACUGUCUCCUGGCCACUCUACUACACACUGCUAUGACCUUCAACCUCCGGGUCAAACCACUCAGUCUGUUCGACAGCAAGGGUAAGAGUGCCUUCUUCAGAGAGUUGGUGUCCAUCCAGCUGAUGCCCAGCGGAGAUAUGGACCCUGGACUGGUCUCUCUUAGACAGGAGUUCCUUCUCAGGGUGUUGACAGGCUGGGUGAAGACCCAGAGUGAGGGAGGGAUGGUUCCUGCAUCCACCCGGCUGGACCUUGACUCAGGGGACGAGACGUGGCCCUCUCUGUGUCUGGACCUGGGGACCCUGCUGCAAGUCAACCCAGACAUCCUGCGCAGACACCUGGUGUGUGAGCUGUACAACCACGGCCUGGACCCCCGGGCAGAGCAGGUGAUGUUGGAGGUGGAGGAUAAGGACGUGUUGGGUUCUCAGCUGUUGGUUCUAACAGGCCAGAGGCUGAGCUACUCCCUGCUUCACACCCAGACCCAGACCAAGCCCGCCAUGGAGCUGCUGGCACGCCUCCCCCCCACACUCUGCACCUGGCUCAAGGCUAUGGAUCCUAGUGAGCUGGGGUGCCUGUCGGUGCCCCUGAGCCAGACCAGCAGGCUGGUGAGCCGCCUCAUAGAGAUCCUACCUGAGAACCACGGCCAGUACAGCCUGGCACUACACCUACUGGAGGCUGUGGAGGUCCUGCAGGGAGAGGAUUGAGUGAGAGGGGGGAGGAGAGCAAGAGGCUCAGGAAGAGAGAUGGCCUGUGUGCAAUUCCGUUCCUGCUGUCAUUGCUAGCAUCCAGGAUAGGAGUGAGAGAGUAAACUGUUGAAGUAGGAAAUAUAUAGGAUUAUACAACUAUCAUGUACAGGAAGGAGAUGUCAGGGAAAUGGCCACCCUGUUUGAGAGGAGGCUCAUGUGUUCAGUUGAAAAAAUGUAAUUGUAAAUGAAAGAUGGAGGGAUAAUUGUUUUGUUUGAAGUCUGCAUUUCUGAAGGGGAUAUGCUAUAUGAGCAUGGUGUUAUAUAUCCAUUUGUUUUUGUCACUUCCUACUUAUUAUUUUUUUAAACUUUGUCUGUCAGCUAUACCUAGCAGCCCCUGUACUGCCCAUUCUAACAGACUUAACAAUCCAAUCAAAGGGGGUUGCAGGGUGUGUUUGUGUGCCAUAUCAUUGUUUAGUAAGCAUCCCUUUCUCUUCACCUGUCCCUCAGAUGAGUAAUGAUGAUGUAUGUUUAGAUAGAAUGGAUAAUCUGGUUAUUUAUACAUGCUGCAGUACUGUACUAGCUGUGCCUGUACCCUCUGUACUGUUCUACACCCUGGCUGAGGAACCCCACUGGGGGCAGACAGAACAGACUAAAUGCUCAGCAUGGUCUAGCUUUGGUCUCUUUCUCUCUGGGUCUGGGGUAAGAGCAGUCAACGCUGGUCAUGGUGGUACUUUCCAUUCCGUAUUCUUUCCGGACCAUUCAGGUAGACAGACUGUUUAUAACGUUUUGUACAGUAGCUCACUGACCACAUCCAGAGGGUGAUGGGAAUCACUGACUAUUUGAUUACUGUAAGGUAGCGCAAUUCCCAACAUACCAUAUCUGGCUUCCAUGUGUAUUAUGUUGGUCAAUAUUCAAACUAAAGUAAAUAAUUAUUUAAUGAGUUUGGUAUAGGAGUAUUAUACAGAGGUUUGCAUUUACAAGUAAAAAUAUGGAAGAACAAUUACCCAAAACCACAAUCAUCAUAGUUUGUUGAAAACGUCUUAGGGCUGAAACCCCGUUAACGGGAUCGAUAUGACAACAGCCAGUGAAAGUGCAGGGCGACAAAUUCAAAACAUCAAUCUCAUAAUUAAAAGUCCUCAAACAUACAUGUAUAUCUUAUACGGUUUUCAAGGUAGUCUUGUUGUUAAUCCCAGCACAGUAUCCGAUUUCAAAUAGGCUUUACGGCGAAAGCACCACAAGCGAUUACAAAAAGUCAAAGAGAUAAAAUUAAUCACUAACCUUUGAUAAUAUUCAGCAGAUGACACUCAUAGGACUUCAUGUUACACAAUACAUUUAUGUUUUGUUUGAUAAAGUUCAUAUUUAUCAAAAUAUGGGUUUACAUUGGCACGUUACAUUCACUAGUUCCAAAAACAUCCAAUGAUUUUGCAUAGCCACAUCAUUCAACAGAAAUACUCAUCAUAAAUGUAGUUGAUAAUACAAGUUAUACACAUGGAAUUAUAGAUAUACCUCUCUUUAAUGAAACGACUGUGUCCGAUUUCAAAAAAACUUUACGGAAUAAGCAAACCAUGCAAUAAUCUGAGACGGCGCUCAGAAUAAAUAGUCACAAUAGCCGCUAUGUUGGCGUCAACAUAAACAGGAAAUGACAUGAUAAAUAUUCCCUUACCUUUGAUGAUCUUCAUCAGAAAGCACUCCAGGAAUCCCAGGUCCACAAUAAAUAUUUGUUUUGUUCGAUAAUGCCCGUUAUUUACGUCCAAAUACCUCCGUUUGGUAUACAUAUCCAAACGCUCAUUCUGGUCAGAGUUACGACCAGACAAAAGGAUCAGGAUUUUGCCUGCCAUAUGAGUUCUGUUAUACUCACAGACAUCAUUCAAACAGUUUUAGAAACUUUUGUGUUUUCUAUCCAAUACUAAUAAUAAUAUGCAUAUAUUAGCAACUGAGACUGAGGACCAGGCUGUUUACUUUGGGCAACUUAUUCAUCCAAGCUACUCAAUACUGCCCUCCAGUCAUAAGAAGUUUUAAUGAACUCAAACAUCUCUUCUUUACUUGUCACAUAAGAUGAGUUACAUUAUGACUUCCAUUUCAACAUUAAACUUGGAAUAAAAACCAAAGCACUCAGAAUUGUACCAUCCCCUAUAUAUCCUCUCAACGCACACACAAACUUGAAUCUGACUUCAUGUCUGCCCUUUGACUUGAUUCUCUCAGUAGGUAUCUUACUGUACUGUGUGCCUCCAUAGGAGUGAUUCAGAAGUAAAUACGUUUCCCUUUCCUUGAAUAUCACUGACAUGUGCCCUUUUUUGGGAGAGGUGUCGUGUAUCAACCCAAAAGGACUACAUAGCCCUUACACCAGAUGAUAAUUCUCUCCUUUCUAAAAUAAAUAACACAAAAUGAUUGCUGAACCAGCCAUCCUCACUCUGCAUGCAGCAACAACAUGCCAGAGUCAAUGUCACUUAUAGUAUUGUGGGUAAUGUAGUUUUGGCACUGCUAGACAGUGGCUGUCGCUCUGUUACCCCUCUCAGUACUGUUGCUAAGCAGGGUGUGUUUCUUUGUUGACCCCUGGUUGUCCUGGCUAAGUUCAAGCAGAUUGACCGGAUCAGAGGGUCAUUUGCAGGUUGACCUGCCUGUGCCCACUGAGGUGUAGCCUAUAGUGUUGCCUGAAAUUGAAUUUUAUGAAUGCCCAUCUGUGGUAAGCCUGCCAUUUGUAAAACAAACAAAAAAGACGUCUGGUCUGGACAGGGCCCCCAAAAAAGACGUUGGCUCAUGCUUACUGGGGUGUAGCCUACUAUGUCGACACCCAAUGGAAUUUUACGAAUGCCCAUCCAUGUGGUAGGCCCACCAUUUGUUAAACAGGCCGUUGCAUUGGCAUUAGUCCUGAUUCCUGUGACUAAUCAAUUUGCCUAUUUAAGCUCUGAAUAUCAGCUACCCAACUUUAUUGACUGUACGUUUGUUUAUCCCAUGUGUAACACUGUUGUUGUUUGUGUCGCACUGCUUUGCUUUAUCUUGGCCAGGUCGCAGUUGUAAAUGAGAACUUGUUCUCAACUGGCAUACCUGGUUAAAUAAAGGUGAAAAGAAAAUAAUAAUAAUAUCCACUGCCUCUCACCUUCCCAACGUGGAUGGCUGAAUCUGGGUCUACUAAGUUGCCUAAAACCUUCUCUCCUUUCUCACUGACCACAAAGUCAUGUACCACUAGAGCCCUGAGAGAGAGAAAUUACUAAUAUAUACACAUUUUUGUAAUGGAAAGAGCAGUUCCUCAUGUUUUGUACAAUCAUCCUCACCAUCAACAAUAAAUACUUAUGUACGGUGUCACAGUUUGUGUUCCACAGGGAGACUAAGCUAGUUGUUGACGUAAGAGGACUAAGCUGCUACAUACUAUGUAGAGAUAGAGUUUAAGUAAUUGCUAUUCACAAUGAUCAAUGUGGCAAAUAGAGAGAGCAUUACCAGGCAGUUUGUAAGUCUUCAGUAACUGCGUAGUGCAGUAAGGAGACUUAGCAUUACUGGCUGUGUGAGUAUAGGUAGGCACUUACCAAAUUGGGAUUUAGCUAGCCCUAGCUAAGAUGACGCAACCUUCAGAAACAACCUUGAAUUCUAAGAAAUUAAAGUAAUCGCUAGUGUAAGAAUACUUGGCAGCAGUAGUACGUAGCUUUUCCAGGGUUGCUAACACCUUCAAAAACAGCAGCCCAGGAGGUUCCACUGUCAAACCAGAUGUCCAACACAUUUUCUCCACGCUCAUAGUCUGUUACCUACUCCUGCUUUACUCUGAUAAACACACAACAUGUUAACCUUCACACACGGCGCUAAAAUCAUCUCCGAAUGAUACAACCGUAUCACUGACUUGUGAGUGAAUGCAGCCGUUACAGUGCCUUCAAAGUAUUCAUAACCCUUUGACUUUUUCCACAUUUGUUGUGUUAUACAGCCUGAACUUAAAAUGGCUUAAAUUAAGAUUGUGUCACUGAUCUACAUACAAUACCCUAUAACAUCCAAGUGGAAUUAUGUUUUUACAAAUGUUUACAAAUGAAUUAAAAAUUAAAUGCUGAAA